AUGGCCGCCAGCGCACCGUCACCUCUCCCCAAGCCUUCCUUCCGCAGCACCUUCGAGGGGCGCGACAAGGCACUGGUGCCCAAGUCAAUAGCGUCGCUCGGGGUGACGCUGGGCACGGGGGUCGCGAUCGGCUACAUCCUGACCACGACGGCCCCGUUCUGGUGGACGGCGCCCGCGCUGUCGCUCACCCUCCUCCUGCCCCCCCUGUUCCGCCAACUAAAACUGCUGUCAGGAAUCGAAAAAGACCCCCUCGAGCAACGCGUGGUGCGCGGCAGGUUCUCGGCGCGCAUGCCCAAGGACAAGUCCUUCGUGGUCUUCCUCAUCGGCGCCCGAGUGAACGACCCGUGCGACUUGACGAAGCUCGACUCCUUCUACCAAUGGAUGGGCAAGGCGUUCGACAACAUGGACCGGGAGCUGGAGGCGCUCGGUCCCGAGCUGGGCUACCUUGGGGGCGAGGGGUACGUGUCGAUGUCGCGAACGGGGACGCUGACGGUGCAGUACUGGGAGAGCAUGGAGAAGCUGCAGGCGUGGGCGCGCGGGCGGCAGUACGCGCACAACAAGCCGUGGAAGGUGCUGCAGGCGAAAGGGAAGGACACGCCGCGCUACGCCUUCUGGCACGAAGCGUACCAGGUCGGGGCGGAUGGCAGCUACGAGACGAUCUACGUCAACUGUCCACCGCUGGGCCUCGCGAACGCCAAGGGCAGCGAGCUGUUCACGUGCCAGGGGCAGAUGGCGACCGCUGCAGGGCGCACGGGUGCCAGCGACGGCAAGGACUGGCCCGACGAGUUCGACAAGAGCCAACACUGA